AUGCGAUUUUCUGGCGACCGCGGCAGGACUCCGAAGGUUGCUGGGGCGGUUCGCGAGGUGAUCUACUCCACGCCGGCACCAGGUGAUUUCUGGGGAGACAUCAACCCGUGCCCGACCCCGCGCCUGUCGGACAACUACGAGGUUUUAUUAGAUACCUUGAUGGACUCUACUGAAAAGGAAAUGGUGUUGCGGGCUAUGACGGAAAAGGCGAGAGAAAUGAUAAGCAGCUACGGAACGAGACAUCUGCUCCCAAUUAACCAUAAGCCUUCUGAACAUGCUGGGACAAGGAGGAUAUCGAGUUUCGCGAGACAAAGCACAGCUGAAUUCCUCAGGUCGGACCGAGAGGAAGGGGAACUGGUCCAUGACUGUGUGGAGAUAAUUGAGCAGGUUUAUGCAAGCAGAGAAGAUUUGAAGGAUGCACCGAUCGAUAGCCCAGACUGGGAGUUGUUCACCGACGGGUCCAGCUUUGUCGAGAACGGCACCAGGUAUGCGGGUUAUGCGGUAGUCACAACUCUUCAAGUAAUAGAAGCAAAGGCUCUUCCCCCUGGAACCUCGGCUCAAAAAGCAGAAAUUAGAGCCUUAACUCGAGCCCUCGAACUGAGCAAAGGAAAGAGGGUCAAUGUUUGGACUGAUUCAAAAUAUGCCUUUGGGGUGGUGCAUGUACAUGGAGCUCUGUGGAAAGAGCGGGGAUUGUUAACGUCUCAAGGGUCAACAAUAAAACAUAGGGACGAGAUCCUACUCCUGUUAGAGGCUGUAAGAGAACCCGAGGCAGUGGCAGUAAUGCAUGUGCCAGGACACCGAAAAGAAGAUGGAAAGAUAUACCAAGGUAAUCGAUUGGCAGAUAAAACGGCUAAAAGAGUGGCGAAGGAAAUAAAGAUUCAAUCAGCUCUUAUUCCAGCUAAGGGAAAUCCGGCGGAUUCCUACAUGAAAGAUGAGCCUCCAUACCUACCAGAUGACGUGAAGCUGGCCCACCUGGUGAAAGCUCAGAAGAAUGACAAAGGGUGGUAUGUAACAGCAACCGGGCAGGUAGUAGUACCUGCGAAGAUAAUGCGAGCAAUCUUGGAGACUGAACAUUACAAGUGCCACUGGGGAGCGGAGGCCUUGGUAAAAUUUUUAAAGAAUGAGGUAAUCUCUAAUCAGAUGUUAACAAUGGCAAAGCGGGUUAAUGCAACCUGUCCCACUUGUGUGAAAAAUAAUCCCCUAGUGCGAAAACAGGUUCAGAUGGGAGGGUUAAAGGUAGGCCCACAGCCCGGAGACUACUGGCAAAUAGACUUUUCGGAGCUGCCUAAAGCGCAAGAGAACCCAGUUCAUGACAUCUCGCCGGGAGACCAUGUGUACGUGAAAAAUUGGAGCGUGGAGCCUCUGAAGGAGUCAUGGAAUGGUCCCUACCAAGUGCUGAUGACCACGUACACCGCCGUCAAGGUCGCUGGGAUUGAUAACUGGAUACACUACACCAGGGUGAAGAAGGUACCGACGAGAUGGGAGGUGCAGCCCAUAACGGACACCCGGAUGGUAUUCCGAACAAAGCCCUGA